AUGGAUUCUUCUAAUUUAAAUCGGACACUAGUGAGUAUUUUAUUUCCCGGUAUAGUCAAAAAUGACGAGAAAGCUAUUCAAUGUUUGGGAGGUCCAAGAGGAAUAUCACAGGUUUAUUCUCAGCCUACAAAAAAACGUUUAGGCUUAAGCUAUCAACCUGACAAUCCAUUUGUAAAAAAAACCUUUGCUGAUUGCAAAAGCGCUUCUGGUAUAUUACUCAAGGUUAAAGUUAAAAAAUCUGAGAGAGAUGGCAAGGAGACACGACAAAUCAUUUCAACUUCUGUGGUUGGCUCCAUCAAAAUAAUGUACAAGUUUGAAGCAAUGUGUGAUUUUCAGUACCUACCAGUGAGAAUUGAGGGCACUGGUCAACCACAUUGUAUUUUGGAGAAUAUAUUGCCUUCGGGUGUUGAUUCAUUUGACUUUUUGUUGCAGUCUGCUCCGCUAUUUAUUGUUCCUUCAAACUUCACAAGAUUUGAUAAGCCAAUCAACUAUAAUUACACUGAUAAGAGAUUCCCAGGAAAGGAAAAGGAUGUUAGUCGGGACGAUGUCCAUCAUAGAGUGAGAAUAGAGCGUGGAACACCAAUAACACGGUAUACAUUUAAUCUAGUUGAUGAAUUAGCUGCGGAACCACAUACUUACUACAUAAAACAAUUGGAAUCUAAGAAAAUUAUGUACCCACCAUUGGAACAGGAAUUUGCCUCAAUCAAAAAGUUAUUUGAGGAAAGACCAAUCUGGUCACUGAAUCUUAUUAAAUUUCACACUAAAAUGAGACUGUCUUCCCUCAAAGUUAUAAUGCCUUGCGUGGCAAUUUAUAUGAAAGAUGGGCCCUGGAGAAUGUUAUGGGUUAGAUAUGGCUAUGAUCCUAGAAAGGAGCCUGGCGCAAGAAUUUAUCAAACUUUGGAUUUCCGAUUAAGACAUACAGCGGGCGUGCACUCGAUGGUGAUGACCCGCGACAAGGUGGUACAUUACAAGAAGACGGUGCGCGUGCGCCAGAUGCGUUUGGACCGCGAGGACUCGCAGCCGCCCGACGACAUCUGCGAGGGCGCGGUGCGGUUCCGGCCCGGCAUGGCGCCCUCCCAACGCCAGAUAUUCUACCAGUAUUGCGACGUGCAUCUUCCCGAAGUGGAGGAAAUACUGGCGGCGGAACCGCCGGCGGGGUACCUGUGCCACGAGAAGCGCGGUUGGUUGCCACCGAACACCGACCAGGUCUGCCGCGAUCACAUCUUCCGCUAUGUCAAGCAGACGCUGCUCGCCACUCACAGUGCGGACCUCAAGCUGGAGCAAGGGAGCCUGGGAAGCAGCGACGAAAACUCUAAUUCCGACGAUGAUGAAACGAACACGCCAGCCAAUGACACUUAUGAUACGGCUUUCAACGAA